AUUCCCAGCUCACGUGAUGGUUUAGUGUUCGAGAAAACUGGACGUUUCUUGACAGUUCGUACUCAGCUUGGGUUUCAGUUGAAAUGGGACAGUAAGGAAUCGAUAUUUGUUCAAGUUGAGAAGAGUAUGAAGAAGAAAAUAUGUGGACUUUGUGGUUUGUAUGAUGGCAAUCCACUCAAUGAUUUUAUGAUUGGAGGAGAUAUUGCUCCAUCUGUUAUCAGUUUUGCACAUUAUUACAAGAAGAUAAUUCCUGGUGAAGCUACUUGUCCAGAUUUACCUCAGUCCAGUGGUUGUUUAACAGACACACCAGCUAAUAUUGCUAAAACACAAUCAGCCACAACACGAUGUAAUCAGAUGAAUGGGGGAAAGUUCACCUCUUGCAAUUCAGCUGUUCUUGGAAACGGAAUAACAAUAUUUUGGGAUGGACGAACAAGGGCAUACAUAACAGCCCCACCUGUGUUCAUGCGUAAAACAGGUGGCUUGUGUGGUUUUUAUGAUGGUAAACCAACCAAUGACUUUAAAACUCCAGACGGCAAUACUGAAACAAAUCCAAAUAUAUUUGGGAACCGAUGGAAGACAGAAACCACCUGUAUUGAUGUGCCACCUAAUACUAUGCCUCCUUGUGACAGAAACCCAGAACGUAAACUUAAUGCUACCAAAGAAUGUGCUGAAUAUGCUAGUCAGUGUGCAAUGGAAGAAAUUAAUCUUAACUGGAGACAGAAAAUUCCUGAAUGUGCUAUAAAAUGUCCAGCAAAUCAGAUAUACAUGAGCUGUGGUAAUCCAUGUGUGAGAUCAUGUAGAAAUAUUGCUUUAAAUUUAGACUGUCGAGCAACAUGCGUUGAAGGAUGUACUUGUCCUUCAGGCUUUACAUUAAAUGAUUUAAGUGAAUGUAUACCCAUUUCUGAUUGUUACUGUAUAUUUGACAAUCGAGAAUACCAACCAGGUUUCACAACACUUAAAGGCAAAGAUUUAUGUCAAUGUGUGAAUGCUCGUUGGUCAUGCCGAACAUUUGUGACUGAAACUAACACCACAGGUGAAAUUUUACCAACUGAUGUUGUCAUUCAAGCCCCAUGUCCCUCCAACAUGAAGUAUUCAGAUUGUGUUAGCAGGUGUCCCCAGACAUGUUCCAAUCUUCAUGAUCCUCCCACCUGUACCAAUGCCCCAUGUGAGCAGGGAUGUGUCUGUGAAUCUGGUUUUGUAUUUGAAAGCAGUCAAGAGAAUGCAAUGUGCAUUCCUAAUAACACAUGCCCAUGUUUUCAUGGUGGUCAAAAAUAUUUCAAUGGACAGGUCAUUAAAAUGGACUGUAGCAAUUGUACAUGUCAUGAUAGAAAAUGGAUUUGUAAUGAAAUAGAUUGUCCAGCGUACUGCACAGCCUAUGGUAAUUCCCACUACAUAACUUUUGAUGGUAAACCAUAUAACUUCCAAGGAAACUGUGAUUUUAUACUUGCCAAAUCCACAGAAUUUGAUCGAGAGCAAUUUCAGAUUAUCACAGAAAAUGUUCCGUGUGAAGGUCCAGGUGUCAUUUGCUCAAAGGCCAUUGAAUUUACCAUUGGUGAACCAGGUACACCAGACUUCUAUCGACUGAACUUAGUCCGAGGGAAACCUAUUAUGGUCGAUUCUAAAGCUCCAUUUGCUAUAACAGAUGUCGGAAAUUCUGUCAUUGUCAAUACCCCAGGAGGAAUCACACUUUCCUGGGAUAAAGGUACUACUGUCUAUGUACAGCUAUCUGCAGAACACAUGGGAAAGGUUACUGGACUUUGUGGUAACUUUAAUGGCAAUCCAAAGGAUGACUUUAAAGGCAGACUAGGUGGACCCACCCUUUCAUCAGCCAUCACAUUCGGAGAUCAAUGGAAAGUUCAUGAUUAUUGCAAAAUCCCACCAACAAUUGUAUCUGAGUGUGAAAAGGUUCCAGCAAGAAAACCAUGGGCAGAACAAAAAUGUGAAAUCCUGAAAACGAAGGCUUUUGAACCAUGCCAUUCAGUGGUUGAUUAUAAACCAUAUUUAGAGAGGUGUGUUUUUGAUGUAUGUGCAUGUAAUAUGUCGGGAGAAUGUGAAAGUUUAUGCACUGAUGUUGCUGCCUAUGCACACGAAUGUGCGAUCAAGGGAACACCAAUAGUAUGGAGAACUCAAGAGCUAUGUUAUAUUGAGUGUGUAGAUUGUGAAGAAUAUAACCCAUGCAUCACAACAUGUCCCGAAAAAACAUGUGAUAACCAUCUUCAUUAUGAUGAGAUAACUAGAGAAUGCCUGCAAGAAGCCUGUUAUGAAGGUUGUCAUAGAAAACCGUGUCCACCAGGCCAAGUGUUUGACAGUAAUGUAGAACCAAUGAAAUGUGUGUCUGUCACUGAAUGUCAACCCGCUUGUCUAAUUGGCAGUAAGAAAUAUCGAGAAGGGGAGAGAAUUUUUGAUAAAUCUGUUUGUAAUCCUGAAUGUGAAGUCUGGAAGAAUCCUAUUGAUUUUCAAUGA